AUGUCUGCUCCCAAGGGUCCCUUUCGUCUCGUCACUGUCAACACCGCGCCCGAGCGCGCCAAGCGCCUGAUCGGCCGCAUGAUUGAAGCUCUCAAGGAUCGUUACACUAUCAUCCAUGAGGCCAACUGUGCGACGAUCGAAGAGGUUCGCCCCACGGUGACCAAGGUCAUGCCCGACGUUCUGUUCAGUGCCUCCAUGUGGACCGACGAGCAGGCUCGCGAAAUCCACUCCAUCGCCCGCGAAAUCAAGCCCGACAUCAAGACGCACGCCCUUCCUCCUGGGUUGCAGGUGGAGCGUGGCCCCGAUGCAGUUGUUGAGUAUCUCUGCGAGAAGGUCCCCGGUCUGUUAGACAGCUAG